AGCAAGCUGGUUUCCAGGUUCUCAGUGCUCUGCGUUGAUCUCUUGCAGCUGGAGAACGCCAAGCAGGCGGCGGUGAAGAACAGCGACUUCGCCUCGUCGACGAGAGAAGAGCUGGCGGGAACUAAACUCAGACUGGAGUCUCAGUCGCUGCAGAUCAACAACCUGCAGAAACAGAAUGGGGUUCUGGAGGCUCGUGUUCAGGAGCUGGAGCAGAUGCUGGCGCGUGAGCGACAGAUGAACCAGCAGCGGCUCUCGCAGAAGGAGCAGGAGAUGGCAGACAUGCGGCAGCAGAUGCAGGAGCAGCUGGAGGAGCACCAGAACCUGCUGGACGUCAAGCUCAUGCUGGACAUGGAGAUCAACGCCUACCGCAAGAUGCUGGAGGGAGAGGAGAAGAG